AUCAUUCAAAAUGUUGACCACUAAUAACCUCGAAAAUAGCAACUACAAGGAAAUAGCUUAAACUGUUGACCACUUCACCCGCAUUUUGCAUUCAUCAUUCAAGUUCGCUCCGCCCCAACUGCAACUCAUUUCCCCCCAAGAAACCUCGAAAAUGGCGGCACUAAUAACCUCUCAUUGCAGAAAAAUCUUCCGAUCAAAAUAUUACUAUCCCAACAUCCAAUUUUUCCGAACAUCAGCAGCUACAGCAGAUGUUAAAGAAACCGGUCUGUACAAUUUUUCUCAUUUGAAAACUCCCAACGGUUUCCAGCGUUUCGUUGAUGAUGCAAUGGAAAGGUCUGGAGAACUUAUUCAUUACAUUUCUACUAUGCCAUCGUCUACUGAAAUUAUACGCGCUAUGGAUCAAAUUUCUGAUACUGUUUGUUCAGUGGUGGACUCGGCUGAGUUAUGUAGACAUACUCAUCCUGACAGAGAAUUUGUAGAGCAGGCUACUAUUGCUUUCUUGAGAAUGGAUGAAUAUCAACAUGUGAGGUGCAAGGUGAUUUUUUGUCCUGGGUGGCCCUGGAAGUGGGAAAGGUACACAGUGUACAAGGAUUGUGGAUACUUAUGGACUGACAUCUGAGCGCAGGAGACCCAUUAAGAAAUGAAAUAUCUUCUAAGACUGAACAUGGCUCUAUGAUUCUUGAAAUCAUCAAAGAGGGGAAAAUUGUUCCUUCAGAAGUUACAGUCAAAUUGAUCCAGAAGGCUCUUAGCGCUAAAGAUAAUCACAAGUUUCUAAUUGAUGGGUUUCCACGAACUGAAGAAAAUAGGG